AUGGCGAGACACAUUCUGCACACCAAGAUCCUCACUCUGCUGCCCCUCGCAGGCAUUGUGAUUAUUGUGUUCACGAUAAAUCUUCUUGCCUUGAGUGUCCUCGUCGACUGGAUCAAUCGGUCUGUCAACGCGAUAUCCGUGAAUACGGGGCGUCUCACCAAUGAGUUACUAAAAGGGACCCUUGGAAAUGCUGUUGAGCUUAUGAUCAUUGAACUGACGGAAGGGGAUUUGCCUCUGGUUCAUGGGCAGAUCGGAAUAAGCUCUGUGAUUCGUGGAGCCCCUCAUAUCACCCGGUCGAUUCUUUUGGGCAGUAUUCUCUGCAACUUGCUUCUCGUGCUCGGUGGCUCACUUUUCUUCGCGGGAUACGACAAGAAUCGACUCCGAUUUGAUCGUCAUCUUACGACCACCUUGUCAUCAUUGAUGAUGGUUGUUUUCAUUAUGCUGGCUACUCCAACUGCCCUGGAAGCCUUGUCAUCGCGGCACGAUGUAUCGGCUGAGGAGGCAAUUUUAACGCAGCAGGCAACUGCUGUCAAUUUGAUCGCUCUUCUUGGAAUAUUCCUCUUCUUCAGACUCAAUACUCACGCCGACAUGUUCGCUAGCACCCCAAUUCAACACGGAAGCUCAGAUGUUCAAAGCUCCCACAGCAGAACGAUAGUGCAAGAUUUACAACCUCUGGCUGGACCAUGGCGCUCGUUACUUGUACUUUUGGUUGCGUCUUUGUGUGCGCUGGCUUGUGCCUUCCAGCUUGUUGACAGUGUCAGCAGCAUAGGUAAAACCCUGGGUACCAACCCAUCUUUCGCUGCUCUCGCUAUAAUUCCUUUGGUGGGGAAUAUCACAAAGCAUCGCAUGAUCGUGGAGGCGUCUCGAGCAGCACAGCAGAUAGAGCGUGGUAUUCGAGCGAUUAUCAAUGGAAUAUUGAGGCUCACCAUGCUAGUCGCGCCCAUCAUUGUGAUGGUCGGUUGGGCGUUAGAUCAGCCUUUGAUUCUUAAAUUUGAUGAAUUCGAGGCUACCACUUUACUACUCAGUAUCGUUGUCAUGACCUAUCUUAUUUCGGAUGGCAGGAGCAAUUAUUUUGAAGGUUUGAUGUUGAUUGGAACGUAG